CAUCCGGCCCUUUAUUAAGGAGCAGACUCCGCUCCAUCAUCUGUUUCAUCCUCCUCCUGCGAGUGUGGGCUGUUCUUCAACAGGGCAAGGCAAUGGCGUCCUUCUCAUUGCGAACUGUGUUCAGUGCCAUGGCCAUGUUCGCUCUCGCUUGCGCCAUUUGUUGGCCCCCCUCCGUAGCCAAGGCAGAUUCCAUGGCCCCUGCUCCUGCCCCCGCUAGCGAUGGGACGUCGAUCGACCAGGGAAUCGCCUAUGUGCUGAUGCUCAUGGCAUUGCUGCUCACGUACCUCAUCCACCCGCUCGACGCCUCUUCCAGCUUCUUCUUCUGAUCCGGGGGUUCGUCUUGUCCUGAUGGCACAUUCUGGAGUCUGAGCGUAUAACUUUUCUUCUGAUGGCAUAUUCUUCCCCUGUCAUGGUGCAUACAUACGUCAAAUUCUCAUCUCAAUUUCCGGAGGCACCUCAUGGGUUAACACGCCUUAAACAUUCUAUGCUGCUCUACAUAAUCUCAUAAUCCGAACCGAACCGGUGCUCUAUGUCAUCUUUGACGCUUUGGCUACCCAUUUCCAUAGUUAUAAUCGAUGCAGAGAUAAAUGGAAUUAUUAUUCAAGAAUCAAUAAUAAUUAUUCCAACAUUUCUUCCCACCGAAUAUGUAACGUUCAACAAGGAUAAUGAGGCAACAGCACAUCCCAUUCC